AUGUUCGACACCGAGGUCGAUAUUUUGGGCGGAUUUGGCUACUACCUUCCGAUAAAAGACCAGUGCGACGAAUUGAAAGAAGAAGAAUACGAAAUGUUCAAUUUCAAAGAAUACAGCUGGAAGCAUUACGGAGCAAGGUCAAACGACAAACUUGGCAAAAUGAUCAUCCGGCAUUUCGAUCAAUUGGGCGUGUAUUUCUUCAGCGACCGAUUUUCUUUCGACGAUUUCCGACAAUUUUCACCGGAGACGAAGAAGAACACUGACGUCAGAGGACGAGUUGGAGACCUUCUUUUUGGUUUUCCGAGCUUCAAGGUGCCGGAAUCGUCUGAUAGCUUCUUUUGGUGGCUGAAAGGCGAUCAUUUCGGCGGAGAACACACUGUCAAUGGAGAAUGGAAGGUUUCCGCUUUGAAAGAUAUCGCUCGAGAUGGCGAGGGGCUCGAUGGAGGACCAGUUAUGCUCGUCCACAAGAACGAAAAGGAUGUGAUCAUUAUUUCUCCAGCAAGUUUGGCUUCAUUCUACUCUUACUUAGAUUAUUGGAUUUACACCAAAGACAAUGCUUACAGCAUGCUUUUGGAAGCAGCAGCUCGUCUUAAACUCAAGACUCCAGUAGAAGAUGAAACUUGUUUUGUUGAACAACUGGACCUCGAGUUUGGUACGUCGAGAGGCGCCCGAUCUCACAUCGGUGGAGCUUAUGAGGAGUUUGUGAAGAAACGAGAGGAUGGAACUGGUUUUGUCCCGUUUGAGUCGACUACUAUUCUUGUGACAUCGAAUCAAGGACCGAGAGCAGCUAUCGCGAAGUGGGGAGAUAUGAUCAAGGUCUUUGGAGCUAUGGGACUCUCCGAUGACUGCCCCUGCUCAACUUUUAAAGAAGACAUUGAAAAGAAUGAUUUUCCCCAACAUGCAAAAGCAAUGUUCACCACUGCUGUGGGGAGCUACUACGACGGGCUGGUUACAAAAGAUGGGAAGACUCAAGUUGAUUUGUCUGGCGAAUUGAUGGAACUUGGAAAGGAAUUGGUUGGUGGAGAUGCUCCUGUUCUGGUUAAUUAUUUUCACUUGGCCGACUGGUGGGCUGACACUGACGAAUUUGGCCUUAAGAAAUACAUGAACAAUCGAAAUAACAUUUGGGGCCCUCCCUCGCUAGAGCCUCCACAAACGGAGCCUCCAUCUUGUGACCGAUGGGGAACAGCAAAGAUUUAUUAUGAGCUGAGUCGAAAUUAUAAUCUCAACUUUGGGAUGGACUGUGAGUAUGGCUUUCCAACUGCAAAGCUAGAAAGUGUUCCUCAACUUCAAGAUCAAUAUCUUUGUGAAAGAGUCGACGCUAACGUUAGGCAAGAGAAAAUUCAUUCUGAACCAUAUUCUCGGAACAAAGUCUGCUGGAACGCAGAAAUAAAAGGAGGAGAUACAGACAGUCAUAUUCCUUGCCCGUACAGGGAUGAAUGCUGGUAUGGUGGAAUCACGAUCGUCAAUGAUAGACAAUACUGGAAAGCUCUUCCCGAAAUUAAGAAUUAUAAUACGCGUAGUGAUAUAUUUUUCAAUGAUCGAUGGUCUGGCUGUUCUCAAAUGACCAUCAGAUACACGAAAGAAGUUUUGAAUCAGCACUGUCGGGCGAACUUGGAAAUCGGCGGUGGAGAAGAGUGGCUUUUCACGAUGCACGAAGGCCUCUCUAACGCUGCAGUACCGGCUGGGACGAGGCCAAAGAAAGGUAUUGGAAUGACUUUCGCCAACGCAAAUCCCAGAAUCGGAAUCUACGCCGCCUUGCUCACCCAUGUCCAUUCUUUGGAGGUUACUUCUCCGUUCAACUUCGAUUACGGUUUGACAGGUCUUUUCACAAAUGCUCUUGGACUUCGACCGAUGACUGGUCCGAUCUUGAGUGGGGAGUACGACGGCCUGAACAACUACCAAUACCAAAAAAUCGACGCCGAAUUCCAAAUUGCUGCUGUUACUUUGAGCACUGGACCAGUCCGUUUCGGCGACCAAAAAGGAAAGUUCAAAUGGGCUAUCUUGUCAAAAUGCUGUCGAAAUGAUGGAGUCAUUUUGAAACCAGACGUGCCCGCAGCGCCGAUGGAUGCAGAUCUCGCUGGAAUCGGGAGCAAAGAAAAUGGACUUGGAAAAGGAACGGAGAUUCCAUCUUUGCAAGGAGCUGAUGAAAACACAGAAUUUUACUACAUUCGAUCACAACCAACUCGUGGAAACAAAUGCUCUUACACAAGUUCAGACGCAACGUUUACCUUCACUCCUCAAAGCAACUAUUCUCUCACGACUUUUGCAGAAAUCACCUUGUUGAACGACAGAAAAUUCGCGUUUUUGGGAGAUUUUUCUAAAAUUGUCGGAAUAUCUAAACAGCGUUUUGAAAAGUUCGUGAGCAACAACAACGCUGGAAAAUUCACGUUUUCAACUCUUGCUACAUCCGCCAAUCUGAAGGAUGAGAAGCCGCUUGAGGAUGAUUUGCUGGAACUUUCGGCUUGCUUUGAUGGAGAACUUAUUCAGCGAAUGGAAAACUACUUCGUAAAAUUUGCUCGAGAUGCGAAUUUUUCCUUCGAUGCAACUUCAAAAUCAUUCGUUUGCGAAAGCCCCGAAACUUGCUACAAAGGACCAGAAGUACCAGAUGACAAAUGCCCAGACGAAGAGCUCUACGAUGAAUGCUACACAAUCUGUCGACUAAACUAUCUUCAAUGCAGAAGUGAAUGCAGCGACCAUCUUUGCGAAAAUGCUUGUCUCGCCGAGUUUUCCGAGUGCUCUUCUUCCUGUCCUUGUGGAGAAAAGUGCCCAAACGGCUGCGAUAGCUGUGAAAACCCGAUUUGCUUGGAAAACUGCGAAGCCGCUGAAACUGACAACGAAAACUACAUCGAAUGCAGAGAAGACGCCCUGGAAUUUCAUACAAAUUGCAUUCGCUUGUGUCCUCCUGAUCGAGACUGCUUUGACGAGUGCAACAAAGAACUCGUGAUGACUUUGAAUACUUGUCCCUGUGUUGAACAAAAUAAAGAGCUUUGA